AUGAACGAAAUAAUAAUCAACGAUUUGAGUUAUAAUUACUACAAUCGAGUAGGAAACACGAGCACGGCGGCACUGGAAAAUGUAAAUUUGUCAUUCGGCCGAGGCAUGCGAGUUGUCGUUUGCGGAAAAAACGGAGCGGGGAAGAGCACUCUGUUGAGCAUCAUAGCAGGCAAGAAGCUCGUAAAGGAGGAAUCCGUUUUGGUGUUCAACAAGCCCGCGUUCCAUGACACCACGCUGUCAAGCAGAAUCGGGUUCGUCGGGGAGUGGUGGAGCGACGACUACGCAAUGAACAUCAAGGUGAAGGACUUCUUCGCAAAGUACAAAGACUCCAAGAGGUACAGGAAGCUGAUAAAACUGUUUGAAAUCAACGAAGACAAGCUUAUAUCAUCCGUCUCAAAGGGGGAAAAGAAAAAAAUUCAAAUUUUGGUUAACUUGGUAACGAGAAAGGACGUGUACAUUUUCGAUGAGGCAACUGAGUCACUGGACCUGAUAUCUCGGAAGCUCUUGUUGGAGUAGAUGUACCAAACUUACGGUGAACUCACCCCCACUAACCCAUGCCAACCGCCAUACCAAUUAUGCAGAUUUCUAAAGAGGGAAUGCAUAAAGCACAACUGCAUCAUCAUUUAUUCGACCCAUAUUUUUGAUUAUAUGGAGAAAUGGUGUAGCCAUAUUUUAUACCUGUCCAAAGGGUCAGUGGCUUUUUUUUCCGACAUAGGCACUGUAACGAGCGCCAAGGACUACACCUCCCUAGCGGAUUAUAUUUUCGAUCAUAUGAUGGAUGAGACGAGUGAAGAGCAGCAAAUGAAAACCAUGGAAGGUAGUACGCCCCUUUGA